AUGGGGCUGACCCCAGAAGGGGCUUGUCUGGCACAGCCCCUGCAGUUCCUACGGGACACGAGAGAUGGCGACACAGAGCAGCACGGCCGGGUCGCAGAGCGCCUUCUCGCCCCAAGGCAGCCUCCAGGGGCGGGGGUCGCGAGCCGGGCUCUGACGUCGGGGGCGGGGCCGCCGGCCGUGACGCGUGGAGGCGGGGCCGUGCGUCUUCCAGGCCCGGGUGGCGAUUCAUUCAAAAGGCGCGCAGCUUGCGCGGCCGCCCGGGCGCUCGCCGAUACGGGCCCGGGCACCGCGUCGACCCGGGAGCUGGGCUGCUAG